AUGGCUAUCAGUGAAAUCGUUACCGACCAGUCAUUACUGCCCGUGCUCAGCACCAGCGCGGAGACUCUCGCCCAAUGCCAACAACUCCUCAACCUACUGAAUCCCGACUCUAUCCCCGCCGGAACCUCCGUCCAUGAUUUAUCGCUAGCGGCAUCUAAACAACAAAAGGUUCUCUUUGCUCUUCUCGCCCAGCUACGUGGUCAGAACCGUGAUGCGAUCUUCCGUGUGCGCGACACCAAACAAUCCACCGCCGAGGCCCGCCAGGAGAUUGAUCGACUGCAUCUCCAACUGCAGAACCUAUACUACGAGCAGAAGCACUUGAACGGCGAGAUUUCAGCCUGUGAAUCCUAUGACCACAAAUACCUUUCACUGCCAUUGAUACCCGUCGAAGAAUUCUUGGAGCUCUUCCCCGAACACCGCGACACGAAUGAACAUGAAUUGAUGAUUGCGCGCAUUAACCAUGAGCAUGCGGAGCGAGAGAAACUGGAGCAGGCUCGCCAGGAGCUGUUGAAACACAAGCAGGCCUUGAUCGCGGAGAACAAGAAGCGCAAGGAUGAUCUGGCCAACCUCGAUCAGGACCUCGAGAAGUUCAUUGAUGCUGCCAAACCUAUCCAGAAAAUCUUCGAAAAGGAAUACUAG